AUGACUACAACUUGGUUGCCUUCUGAUAUAACACAAGUUUGCACAGAACAGCUAUCUCAUUUGUCACAGUGUUCGUCAAAUGGUUUCGUGUUUUUAUCAUUAAUUAUUCGUUUAUUUGGUGGUGUGAACUAUAGUGUAAAUUAUCCUAAACAUAAUCCUUACUAUUACUUAAAAUCUCCUUAUAAAAUUACGGACCAUGACGAAUAUCAAUCUGAGGAGGACGAAAAUGAUUUUUUUGAAUCUCUUGAAAGUGAAAAGUUGCAACAAAACUUUGAUACAUUUUUUAACAAACCAUUUUUUGAGCGGCAACCAACAGAUUAUACUUUCAAUAAUUUUCAUAAUCGCUUUGGUCUUUUUGGAGAGGAGUCGGAUAUUAAAUCUAAAGUGAAAAGAACUAAAAAUAUAAAAAUAUAUAAAACAAAAAGCAAGAAAUAUGACUUCAUAAUAGUUGGUGCUGGUUCAGCUGGGUGUGUGAUGGCAAACAGAUUAUCCGAAGUUAAAAAAUGGAGGAUACUAUUAUUAGAAGCUGGCCCUGAAGAACCAGAUGUUUCAAUGAUUCCUGGGAUUGUGAGAACUUUAGCAGGUUCAUCAAUAGAUUGGAAUUACAGAACGCAGCCGGAACCACUGACCUGCAAAUCCAUAAGGGGAAAAACUUGUGCUUGGACUCGCGGAAAAACUAUGGGUGGUUCAAGUUCAGUUAACUAUUUAGUUUACAUGAGAGGAAAUAGGCGUGAUUAUGAUCAUUGGGCUGAAUUGGGGAAUCCUGGAUGGAGCUAUAAAGAUCUUUUACCUUAUUUUAAAAAGUCUGAAAAUAAUAGAGAUAUUGAAGCUAAAGAUGCAUAUUAUCAUGGAACAGAAGGGCCAAUUACUGUAGAAAGAUUUUCAUAUUUAGACAGCAGCACAGUCAUGCUAGUAAAGGCAUUCAAUGAAACCGGUCUUCCAAUUAUUGAUUUAAACAAAGAAAACAAUAUCGGUACUGAUAUAGCUCUGUCUACUUCAAGAGAUGGUCGAAGAGUUUCAACUAACGUAGCUUAUAUAAAACCAAUACGGAAAGUGAGGCCAAAUAUUGAUAUUAUUGUUAAUGCCUUUGUAAAACAGUUAAUAAUAAAUCCUGCUACGAGAACGGUAAGAGGAGUCAUUUACAUAAAGAACGGUAUUACUUACAGAGUUUUUGCUAAAAAAGAAGUUAUAGUAAGUAGCGGAGCUUUGAAUUCUCCUAAAUUGUUAAUGUUAUCAGGUAUAGGACCAAAAAAACAUUUGGAAAGUUUACAUAUACCAGUUAUAUCUAAUUUGCCUGUGGGACAUAAUUUGCAGGAUCAUGUGACUACACAUGGUCUCAGUAUUUCAUUAUCCAAUAAAACUUCAACACAGAUCAGUCCACAGGAACUAUUCCACAAAUUACGUAAGUACUAUGACGAACAACCCAAGAAGGGUGGUCCAUUAUCAACAACAAGCAUUUUAAAUAGUGUAGCAUUUAUAAAGACCAAAUACGCAAGUGAAGACGCUCCCGAUAUUCAAUUUCACUUUGAUGGCAGAAAUAUUGAACAGUUCUAUUCAGAUCCUCAGACAUAUAUAGAGACGAAUAUUCUACCUGUUUCUUUCUACAACGGCCUGACAGCUAGACCGCUUCUGCUAACUCCAAAAAGUAGAGGAAUUAUUUUAUUAAAUAAAACCAAUCCUGUGUAUGGCCAGCCGUUAAUUUAUUCUGGAUUUUUCACAGUACAAGAGGAUAUAGACGUAAUGAUCGAAGGGUUACGAUAUGCAAUCAGUUUAGACGAAACUGACGCUUUCAAAGAAAAUGGUGCCUAUUUUGUUAGGAAGCCAGUAAAAAACUGUGAAUCUCAUCUUUGGGGAUCUUACGAAUAUUUAAAAUGUUUACUGGUCGAGUAUACUACUACAAUUUACCAUCCUGUAGGUACAUGUAAAAUGGGUCCACCAACAGAUAAAGAAGCAGUUGUUGAUAGUAGAUUGAAAGUGUAUGGUGUUAAGAGAUUACGAGUUGUUGACGCUUCUAUUAUGCCAUUUAUUGUGAGAGGAAAUACUAAUAUACCAACUAUAACAAUAGCAGAACGUGCUUCUGAUAUGAUUAAGGAAGAUUACAGUGAGACAGUGAAAAUAACAUAA